AUUCAAAACUUUAGACGUUAGCUUUAGGUUGGAGAAUCGCGCACUAUCUAAAAAACAAAUGUCUUAUAAAACCUUUUUUUCGAUAGUUAGUAAGUAUUAACAUAGAUGUAUUUGGUGUAGAACCAAGAAGCUGAUUUACAGUGAAUAAGAUAAAUGAAGAUGGAACCUGUGGAUCCAGGACAGAACGUUGAAGGCACUGGAUGUUCCAAGCGACGCAUUUCUUCUAUUUUAAAGGCAACACAGAAUUCUGUGCAGGACCCACAGCAACAAGAAAAUGAGGUGGAAACUGCCAAACUGGUUGAAAAGAGAAAGUCGAAGAGAGUGAGUUUUGCUCACGACUUUCUGCCUUUGGCCAAGGAUGCUAAGAACGCUUCGCCUGCACGUAACCCUCUUCAAGAGCUAAUGGGAGCAGCUACUGCAACAACACAAAACAGGGUUCAGAUGGUGACAGCUGAGGACACAAGCCCACAGAUCAUGGGUAUAGACUCCUUGUUGAAUGCUCCUCUACAUUCUUCUCAACAAAGAAUAAUGAUCCACUUUGACAGUGGCGGUGGCAUUGGGGAGAAUACAGUCGUGUUUUCCACAGAGGACGCCGACAUGGACAUGACUCGCAGUCACACCAUAAACAUCAACAGUGAUGCAGAUCUGCUUGGAGAUCCAGACCACCAAAACUACGAUCUGUUACUCUCAGGAGGGGGGAACGUAGCUGAUGUUUUCACAGAAGUGCCUCCCAAUCAUUUUGUACAAGCAACAAAUCAGGCAUCAGCAUUACUGCUUGAUAAACAAACGGAUUCAAGUCUGGAAACGAGAGCCGUUUCCUCAGCGGCUCCUAUUUUGGAUCCUGGCUUUAAAGACUUUCUCUCAAGCCUCUCCAAAGUGAGUCCCUCCAGCACAGGGAUGACACCUUUAACCUCUGACGACAUAAAAUCAUCCCUGGCUGCAGAUGUUGACAAAGAAAAUCAGAUGCCAAAAUCUCUGAGCAGCAGCAGGAAUAUUGGAGAAUCCUUUAAUGGAAGUGGUUUCCGUCGAGACGAUUAUGUGAGCAUGGAAGCCCAGACCGGCCGUAUUCUGGGCGCCGACGACGACGAUCCUUUUCAGUGUCUCUUUCCAACUCAAGAGAUGUACGAAAAGUCAGAAAGAGAGUCACAAGCCAGAGAAACCAAACAGCAACAGAGCUGUGAAAGCUUGGAGUCGAACGACCAAAAAGCCAGUAAAUCUUCUAUAAAUCUUUCCGUACACACUCCUCUUGAAAGCCAUAAGGUUUGGUCCAGUUUAAAAAACGACUUCAGAGAGAAAACGGUUGUGUUCACUGCAGAUGAGUUUAUGGACAUCACUCAGAAUCUCACAGGAAGCAUCGCCAGCGCCGACCGCUCCCCGCAGCAGCACAAAAUCCCAACGAAUGACGUCGACCAAGAGAACUACCCACUGAGUACAAACAGGAGUGGUGUUGACCCGGCAGCUCCUGUUAAACCUGGAGGGGAUUUCAGCAUGGACAUGACUGAAGUUCAAAGAUCAGAUGAUGUUUUUCAGUUUCUCAUUCCUUCAGAAGAAAUGCAGCCUCUCUGUAAAAGUCAGAAAAAGGAAAUCUUCAAAUUUGGACAGCAGAACAUUGAUGGACCACAGUCAUCUGAUCAUAAAGGUUUAAAAACCUCCUCAAAGCUGAACAUGGAGCCACAAAGGCAUCAGUUGAUGGAUAAAGUUGCAGCUCCAGAUGACUACAGAGAAAAAACGUUGCGGUUUUCUGCUGGUGACGACUGUUUGGACGAGAGUCACACCGUACAGAUCUCCACUAAUAUCAAACCGAAUCCGCUCCAAAACGUCAACAUGGCGCCCUCAUGCGAGGAGAAAUCCAUCAAAUUCUAUGCAGACGACGUCACAAUGGAUGUGACUCAGUGCCUCACCACGAAGAUAACCACUGAUUUAGCAUCAGGCAAAUUUUCAUCCUUACUCAGUUUAUCAACGCCAAACAAUUGCGAAGCUGAUUCAACAACGAUGGCUGCUACUUCAGGGCCAUCUGAUGGAUUUACAGUUUAUCUGGAAGAUAACAUGGACAUGACUGAAGCUCAGACGGGAUGCAUUUUGGAAGCUGAAGUGAGCGAAGAAAUGCUACAUAAACACGAGUCCCUUCAGACUGUUUUACCCACUAAAGUUACACAUCGUCAAAGUGUUCAUGGGGAGACGGAGAUAAACUUACAUCAACAGCAUAAAGAAGGAUUUGGAGCAUCAGGUUAUACAGAAACAUCAACAAAGACCUCUUUAAAGACAAUAAAACAAAGAAACCAGGUUGAGUUUGAGUCUACAAAUGACUACAGAAAGAAAACCAUGAGAUUUGACAUGGCUGAUGUCUGCAUGGAUGUGACUCAAUGCAACACAGUGGACAUUAGCAGUGAUUUGCCACUUCCAAACCAGGUUUUGACUGCAAAUGGAGAGAAAACCGUAAGAUUCGGGGCAAAUGAUGCAGAAAUGGAUGUGACCAAAAGCCACACAGUAAAUAUUCUGAGGGAUUUACCUCUGCAGUCUUUCAUAAAUGUGGCCUUACCUGCAAAUGGAGAGAAAACGGUGAGGUUCAAUGCAAAUGAUGCAGCAAUGGAUAUAACGAGAAGUCACACGAUAGACAUUGCUCAUCAUUUAAAUGUGCUUGUACAUGAAGAAGAGGUUUUGUUACCUGCUGAAGGUGAGCGAACACAGAGGUUUGGUGCAAGUGAUGCAGAAAUGGAUGUGACCAGAUGCCACACUGUGAAUAUUAUGAGGGAUUUACCUUUGCAGUCUUUCCCAAAUCUGACCAUUCCUUCAAAUGAAGAGAAAACAUUGAGAUUCAGUGCAAAGGAUGCUGAAAUGGAUAUGACCAAAAGCCACACUGUAAAUAUUGAGAGGGAUUUCCCAAAUCUGACCAUUCCUUCAAAUGGAGAGAAAACUGAGUGUUUCAGUUCAAAUGAAGCAGCUAUGGAUGUGACGAAAAGUCACACUGUCAAGAUUUUCACCGAUUUAAAAAUGCUCUUAAACCAAAGCAAGAACUUGCUGCCUGCUGGUGGAGAGAAAACGGUGCAGUUCAAUGCAAAUGAUGCAGCCAUGGAUAUAACGAAAAGUCACACUGUGAACAUCGUACACGAUUUAGACCUGCUUCCACACCAAAGCGUGGACGCGUUACCCGCUGAUGGUGAGAGAACUGUAAGGUUCGGGGUAAUCGAUGAGGAAAUGGAUGAGACCAAAAGCUACACAGUAAAUAUUAGGAGGGAUUUGUCUCUGCGGUCUUUCCCAAAUUUGACCAUGCCUUCAAAUGGAGCGAAAACGGUGCAGUUCAAUGCAAAUGAUGCAGCCAUGGAUAUAACGAAAAGUCACACUGUGAACAUCGUACAUGAUUUAGACCUGCUUCCACACCAAAGCGUGGACGCGUUACACGCUGAUGGUGGGAGAACUGUAAGGUUCGGGGUAAUUGAUGAAGAAAUGGAAUCAACAAAAAGUCUGAUGGGGAAGGUUCUUGUAAAUUCAAAUGUGUUGUCAGACCAAAUUGUCAGCCUGCUGCCUGCUAAUGAAAAGAAUCUGGCUUGGCUGGCAGCAAAUGAUGUUACUAUGGAUAUUACCCGAAGCCACACUGUAAGCAUUGUCACGGAUUUCAACCAAGCCCCGAGCCAGAAUACAGACUCUUCUCCCACCGGCACAGAGUGGAUAAGCAACACCUUUGUGGAUGAGACAGAAAGUGACACAAAAAGCAUUUUGAAGAAUUAUAAACGAGGGUCACGUCACGUCAAAUUGUUGCCGAAAUCUGGAGAGAAAACCACAAAAUUCACAACAAGUAAUGCAACUAUGGAUAUGACUCACUGCCUUAGUGCAAACAUCGUCAGUAACUCCCUAUUACACCCUGUUAUGUCAGAUCAAAACUCUGAGAACAUGAACGAUACUCUCGCUAAGAAGGAAACGGACAGUGGGAACCGUGGUCUGGAUUCAAAUCCACCUUCAUCAACACAAUCUGAACUGUUUCAGACGAGCUGUGCCCAGGGCGAGGCUAACAGAAACACAUCAUCCUGUCCAGACUCAAGUUAUUCCCAAUGUGGAACAAAGGAGCCCGACACUGAUCCUGAAAAUGAAUCCUCAAGGUUGGGCUCAGAUGUGGGCAAGCCGAUAAAUAAAACCAACACUGAGGAAAUCUGCGUGGAUCAGACUGAACCCUUGGCGUCAUCUACAGAUGAUCCACCUCAAGGUGUUUCUUCCAAACAAAACCCUCAUUCAAAAAGUUUCAAGGAAUCUGUGUCUGAUGAAUAUCGACCUGAAGCAGAAACGCAGACCGUAUCACAGAAGAUGGAAAGCUCACCCAGUAAUGCAGAUCAAAAUGCCAAUGUUCUGUCUUCGCGGAUGUCCAGACGAAAGAGUUUAGCCGAUCUCCAGUCUAAAGUGAAACGCUUGAGCCAGUUGAUAAAUGCGGCUCCCGAUCCUGCUGCCAUGGAAACCUGCACACCUUUGUUGCUUCAUCUGGAUCCCAAUGCGGAAAAAAAUACCAAUGAUGCAGAAGCAGAACAACUCUCUGUAGCAAGCAGCUCAACUCCUUUCAGCUUAAAGACAAAACAGCUCAUGUCAAAGCUGUCAGUUGGAGGCUUUAAACCAAAACUCCCUAAAAGAAACACAGCGGGUGAGUUGAAUAAAUCUGCUGUUAAAGAACCUACAAAGACAUUCACUGUCAGCUUUCCCAAUCAGCUGAGCCAAUUUGACAAAAUCACUGAUAUUCACGGUGAAGAACUGGUUGACUGCGAAGAUUUUUCUGAAACGAUUGACACCAUGACACCUGAGAAGUUCUCUAAGAAAGACAACUCGUCCAAUCAGUUCUCCACGUUCCAGCCUUUGGAGGAAGAUUUUGCUUAUAUGGACGACUUCACGUCCAGCAGCCCGAGACAAAAGAGGUCUCUGCCGGACAAUGAAGAUGAGACAGAGGAGGAUGAGAAGAGAAAGAAGCUAUGCCCAGAGUUCUCUGAAACGGCAUCUCAGUCUGAUGUUGACUAUGAAAGCAACAUGGCCGCUGCUUGUGCGCAGACCAUCGACUCCCCCAGCAACACAAUUAGCAGAUGUGAAAUUGCAUCAGAGUCUACUUUCAAACACAGCCUGUUUGAAUCCCAGCUUGGAGACUAUGGCAAUGAUGGACAAAAGAAACUCGAAGAUGGCACAAUUACAGUUUUGGAGUUCUUCAAUCUCUUCAGCAUAGAUUUUGUCAUCCAUAAUCCUCGCCAAAGCGUCCUUCCUGGCACACUUCUGGACAACUCUGAUGCAACGGCACUGAAUUUAUUAAAAGAUAAACACAUAAGCCGCCCUAAACAAUCAGUUUAUGAGGCAGAUGUCAAGACCCUCACAGAAAAAGUGGAAGGGCUCAAGUAUCGUAUGCAAGAUUUAAGAAAACCUCUUAAGACUGUAAAUAGAUCUUUGUGGGAGGAAGUGAAUCACUUCACAGAGAAAGAGCUCAAAUCUUUCGGUGCUAAGCUAAAGGAGAGAAACAACUUGUUCAGAAAAAACAGCAAAGUUCAGAGUCAUGAAAUGAAGGAGGAGCUCUACGCAAACCUUGUUCGAGUUAAUCUGGAGGAACAACAAAAACUGAGGGGAACAAUCAGUCAGGCAGAUGAGAUGAUUCAAACUCUGGACGGCUGCAUCAGCGAUUUAGAAGCAGAACUGGAUGCAGUUGUGGAAAAAGGCUCAGAAGAUAAACUUAGUUUAAAAUCACUACAGGAAGAAAUGUCAAAGGUCACUGAGACUUUGGCUGACCAUGAAAGACAAACAUCUGAACUGGAUUUGGAGAAAAAGAAGAAUUCAUGUGAGCUAACGAAGCUGAAAGCUGAAAAGAGGAAGCUGGAAAACGACAUCGACACGCUGAACAUGCUGAAUGAAUGGAGGCUUGAAGAGAAAGACGACAAGAAAGACAACUGUUCAGUUUUCACAUUCCUCCAUAAGACCAUGUUCCUGCGCCUGGUGUAUGAAAAGACCAAUGGAAACGAUGCUGACAGCAAAUCUGAGAGGAAAAUAACAAACAUCAACUUCAAGUUUAAUCUCAGUGAUGAGAAGUCGCAGUGUCACGCUCGUCUAGUUCAUAAACUAGUCUCCCAGUUCAUUGAGGGAGAGUCUGGCUGGGUGGAGAAAUAUCCCACCAGUGGGCACGUCCCAAAGCUUCUCCAUGACGUCAGCUUGGUGGUAAGCCGCUGCCGCCUGGUUGGAGAGGAGCUGCGGCUCCUGAAGAUGUGGGGAAGUCUUCGCUUUGAUAUCCUCCACAUCAGCUGCUCCCAGACCCAAAUCCACAUUGUCUUCAGCAGUCUGAAAAAGCUUUCCAAGUUUGACGUCGUCUUCGGUAUCAGGUUGACUGACCAGAUCUGCGUCUUCCAUGUGCAAAGCUUUAAAAACCUGAUCGGAAACACAACGAUCCAACAGAUUGAGGAAGUUGUGGCUUCGCUCAGUCCAGGAAGGAACCUGUUUACGAGGAUCAUCAGGAAACUUCAUGAAACUCUUCUUUCUUAAUAUCAAAACGUCUCAGAUGGCAUUUAAAUCCCAGGUCUUUGUAAUCAAACGUUGUAAAUAUUGACAUGAAUGACAUAAUACUUUUGGCUGAAUUUUUAAAAUAAAAUAAAGCAAAU